AUGGCAAGCUCGGCUUCCCUGGAGACCAUGGUGCCCCCGGCCUGCCCGCGCGCUGGAGCGUCGCCGGCCACUUCCAAGACUCUGGCCUUUUCCAUCGAGCGCAUCAUGGCCAAGACGUCGGAGCCCCGCGCGCCCUUUGAGCCCCGGCCGGGGGCACUGGAGGCGGAGGGCGGCCAGGGCAAGAAAUUGCUCAACCUCUGCUCACCGCUGCCCUGUAUGAUCCCCCUCCAGCCCCUAGGCUACGAGAUGCCGUCCAAGACGCUGCUCAGUUACUCUGAGCUCUGGAAAAGCAGCCUCCGGGCUGGCGGCAGCGGCGGCGGCGGCGGAGGAGGAGGUGGAGGCGGCGGUGGGGGGGCCCCGGUGUGCGGCGCCAGCGGCUUGUGCAAAACCAACUGUGGCGUGUGCUGCAAGGCCGAGCUGGGCCUGGUACCGUCGGCGCUGCCCGCUGGCAGGGUCAUCAAGCCGCAGGUCAUCAACCAGGCGGUGGGGCUUCCGGCCAGCGGCUCGCUCUACUACUUCAACUACCUGGACUCCGCCACGUACCCGCCGUCUGAGCUCCUCGGCGGCCACCUCUUCCCGUCCGGUCUCCUCAACACACAGGCCCCCGCGGCCCUGGCUGCGCACCCCAAACUCUUUUUGCUGGAGAACGCCAAGUUGGCCGGCCUGACCGCGGACAAGUUUGCCCAUCCAGCCCCCUACGCCCAUAAGGAGCGCUUGCCUGCGCCGCUGGAGCAGGUGCUGAAGGAGAACUCGGCCCUGACUGCCGAGCGCGGCGGCGUCAAGGGCCACAGCAAGCUGCCCGGGGGCGCAGCGGACGGCAAGCCUAAAAACUUCACCUGUGAGGUGUGCGGAAAGGUAUUUAACGCUCACUAUAACCUCACCCGCCACAUGCCAGUCCACACCGGAGCCAGACCGUUCGUGUGCAAAGUCUGUGGCAAAGGCUUCCGCCAGGCCAGCACGCUCUGCAGACACAAAAUUAUCCACACCCAGGAAAAGCCGCAUAAAUGCAACCAGUGCGGCAAAGCCUUCAACCGCAGCUCCACGCUCAACACACACAUUCGCAUCCACGCGGGCUACAAGCCCUUCGUCUGUGAAUUUUGCGGCAAAGGCUUUCACCAAAAAGGGAACUACAAGAAUCACAAGCUGACCCACAGCGGCGAGAAGCAGUACAAAUGUACCAUUUGCAACAAGGCCUUCCACCAGGUCUACAACCUGACCUUCCACAUGCACACCCACAACGACAAGAAGCCUUUCACGUGCGCCACUUGCGGCAAAGGGUUUUGCAGAAACUUUGACUUAAAGAAACACGUGCGCAAACUCCACGACAGCGUGGGCCCCGCCGCCCCCUCCACAAAGGACCUGACUCGGACAGUGCAGAGCUGA